AUGCGUAUCACAAAAGACGUAGAGGAAGAGUUGAGAGAAGAUGAUGAUGAUGUCGACAAAUAUGGUAGCAAAAAAGGAGGGCAGGAUCGAUUGGGCCGUAAUGAUUGGGCCGGGUCAGCCUUUCGAAGCAGGAGCAGGUCAAACCCAAAAGAGACAAAUCGUUCCAGUUGGGCAAACCCGACUCAGAAAAUAGGAUCCAGUGGAUCUAACACGCUCUCCACGAUGUCGUUAGCUUCAACCAGGAAAAAGGGUGCAAAUGAUUCACAAUCUGGAAAAUGGAAAGGGGUUCGCAGCAUUCACAACGACGAGAUGGCUGAGAGAAGGGCGAAAGGGUUGUGUUUCAAGUGUGGAGGCAAGUAUCACCCUACUCUCCAUAAGUGUCCUGAGAGAUCCUUACGAGUGUUGAUUCUGGGUGAAGGAGAAACUCUUAACGAUGAAGGUGAAAUCUUAUCUAUGGAGGCAAUGCAAAUUGGUGGUGAGAAAUUAGCACCUGAUGAGGAAGAGGAGGUAGAAUGUCAAUCCAUGGGUGUGUUGGGAAGUAUGAGUGGAAAUCGUACCAUGAAAAUUGAGGGAAAAAUUGAAAAUGUGGAUGUGUUAGUGUUGAUUGAUAGUGGUGCGAGCCACAAUUUCAUCUCCCCUCAAGUAACAAACGCGUUAGGGUUAGAAAUCACUCCUGAACUUGCCAGGAGCAUCAAACUUGGAGAUGGACAUAGGGUGAAUUCUCAAGGGGUGUGUAAAGGAAUUGUAAUGAAGAUGGGUUCUAUGAAGGUAGUCAUUGAUGCAUUGGUACUGGAUCUGGGAGGUUUGGAUAUGGUGUUGGGAGUCUCAUGGCUGAGCACACUGGGAAAGGUAAUAAUGGAUUGGAAGGUGUUGUCUAUGCAGUUCAUGUAUGAGGGGCAGAUGGUAAAGGUGUUGGGUCAAGUUUUUAAAGAUCAAAUUCAGCUGCCUCCAGAGAGGUUUCAAGUGAAUCAUAUCAAAUUAUUUCCAAAUCAGGGGACAAUCAAUGUUAGACCUUACCGGUAUCCUCACCAUCAGAAAGAGGAGAUUGAGAAACAGGUGACUGAACUGUUGCAGGUAGGAGUGAUCAGACCCAGUAUGAGUGUUUUUUCUAGUCCGGUGAUUUUGGUAAAAAAGAAAGAUAAAAGUUGGAGAAUGUGCGUGGAUUACAGAGCUCUUAACAAAGCUACAGUUCCAGAUAAGUACCUUAUUCCCAUCGUAGACGAAUUAUUGGUGGAAUUAUACGGCUCGAAUGUUUUUUCGAAGAUUGACCUUAAGUCCGGUUAUCAUCAAAUUAGGGUGCAUGAAGAUGAUAUUCCCAAAACAGCUUUUAGAACUCACAAUGGCCUCUAUGAGUAUCUAGUGAUGCCAUUUGGGUUAAUGAAUGCUCCAGCCACUUUCCAAAUUGAUUACUUGGGGCACAUCAUCUCAGGUGAAGGGGUAGCAGUUGAUCCUGCUAAAGUACGGUGCAUUUUGGAUUGGCCAGAACCAAAGAAUGUUAAAGGAGUUCGUGGGUUUUUGGGACUUACUGGGUACUACAGAAAAUUUAUUAAGGAUUAUGGCAAAGUAGCCAAGCCUUUGACGGAGCUGACCAAGAAGGACAACUUUGCAUGGGGAACAGAGGCAAAUGCAGCUUUUCAAUUGAUGAAGAUUAUCAUGACUUCACCCCCUGUUUUGGUAUUACCUAAUUUUUCUUUACCCUUUGAAGUGGAAUGUGACGCAGCUGGUAGAGGUAUUGGAGCAGUGUUAAUGCAGCAGAGGAAACCUGUAGCAUUUUCUAGCAAAGCAUUAUCUCAAGGCAAUUUAGCGAAGUCGGUGUAUCAAAAAGAGCUUAUGGCUUUGUUUGAGGUGAAAUACAAACCAGGGAUGGAGAACAAAGCUGCUGAUGCUCUAUCCAGAUGUUAUGACGAUGCUGAUUUGGGUACUUUGAUUUCAUACCCUCAAUGGACUGAUAGCAAGAAAUUUUAG